ACAAGGGCAGCAAGAAUGUUGCUGUUAGAGGCGUUUAUUCUGGCUAUGGUUUGUUCCUAUGGCUCCUCGCAAGUGCAUCUGACCCAAUCUCAGCUGUCCAUCACCAGGGAAGGAAAUAAAACCUUACGAAUUGACUGUCAUGUUUCUCUAUCGGAGGAUUUUGGCAAGGCUUAUAUACACUGGUAUAGACAGAGACCCGGUGCAGCUCCAGAGCGGAUUCUGUUCAUCUCAACGCAGUCUGAAUUUGACAGAGUCUCGGAAAAAGGAAAGUUUAAUGCUGAAAAGAAGAUUGGCCAGUCUACCUGUACCCUGACUAUAAACAAGAUAACCUCCAGUGACAUUGCAACUUACUAUUGUGCCUAUUGGGAUCGCACAGUGUUAGAAAACUGUAGACAGCCUGUACAAAAACCCACUCUGCAUUCUGAGCCACAGCCUUUUGCGUUUAUGAGGCCACUGUCACCUCUCUUAAAAUUCCUCUCAGCCUGGAGCCAGCAGCUGAAACUCUUCAUUGGCUCUGCAGCUAGAUAUGAACAGCAACUGCUGAUUCAGUGCGUAUUUCAUAUGCAGCCAGCAAAACCUCAUCCCGUAUUAACUAAAAUGAGUCACUUCCUGUCCCCAAAUGCACCACUCUGUCCAUUUCUUGUAGAUGCACGACUGAGCAAAACCUGUAAAAUGUUACUCCUUCAGGUUGUUAUUCUGGCUUCGAUUUUGUCUUACGGAUGUGCACAAAUACAUCUGAGACAAGCUCCAUUGUCCGUUACCAGGGCAAAAGAUAAAACUGCACGUAUAGACUGUGAGGCUUCUGGCAUUCAGGACUUCAGGAGUGCUUAUAUACACUGGUAUCGACAGAGACCUGGAGAAGCUCCAGAGUGGAUACUCUACUUUAAGACAGAAGAUGAUAAAUCAAGUUUUGACAACAAGAAGUUUAGAGUUGACAAGACAACUGAAAAGUCCAUCUGUACCUUAAGAGUAGACAAACUAACCUACAAUGACAUGGCUACCUAUUACUGUGCCUACUGGGAUACUUCUAGUGGCUAUUACUUCAAAGUAUUUGGCUCCGGUACCAAGCUCAUUGUAACAGACAUAAAAGCAAAACUCGAUUCCAGAAAGAUUCAGGUCCUGCCUUCUUCUACUGAACAAGAUGGAAAAGUAUCAUACAUGUGCCUCAUUGAGGAUUUUUACCCAAAUGUUAUUAAGGUGACUUGGGAAGAUGACAAGAAUGCAGAGGAAAAUGCAGUGCAUGAGGAAAUUUGGCCCCCUGAUGACAAUCAACCUUCAUACUCAAUAAGCAGCUGGCUGACCGUAGAUAAAAAUAGCAACAAGAAUUAUCGCUGCAAAUAUCAACAUGAAAGCGAAGAAGAUUCUCGCCCAAUUGAAUAUCCAGACACCACUGUAGUGCCUCAAACCAUUGGAGGUUGUAUCAAGAAUGCUGAAAACGGCACCGCAAUUUCCACAGAUAUUACAGACAGUUUCAUGCACAGGACGGCGUAUUUAAUAUACAUCGUCCUUCUCCUGAAAAGCACCAUGUACUACGUCAUCGUACUCUUCUUCAUAUACAGGAUGCAAAGUCCAAUCAAGCACCGGGGAAAGAAACCUUAUCAACGUGAUACUUCAAGCUGGAUCAAGUACUUUGGCACAGGAACCAAACUAGUUGUUUCCGACAUACAAGCAAAACUUGACCCCAGCAAGAUGCAGGUCCUGCCUCCUUCUACUGAACACAAUGGGAAAGUAACACACAUAUGCCUCAUUGAGGAUUUUUAUCCAAAUGUUAUUAAGGUGACUUGGGAAGACGACAAGAAGAAUGCAGAGGAAAAUGCAGUGCAUGGGGAAAUUUGGCCCCCUGAUGACAAUCAACCUUCAUACUUAAUAAGCAGCUGGCUGACCGUAGAUAAAGAUAGCAGCAAGAAUUAUCGCUGCAAAUAUCAACAUGAAAAAAAAGAAGGUUUUGUCUCUAUCGAAUCUCCAGACACCUUUUCAGGCACCACUGUAGUGCCUCAAACCAUUGGAGGUUGUAUCAAGAAGGCUGAAAACGGCACCACAAUUUCCACAGAUAUUACAGACAGUUUCAUGCACAGGACGGCGUAUUUAAUAUACAUCGUCCUUCUCCUGAAAAGCACCAUGUACUACGUCAUCGUACUCUUCUUCAUAUACAGGAUGCAAAGUCCAAUCAAGCACCGGGGAAAGAAACCUUAAAUUUCUCUUUACAACUUCCAACAUCAGCAUUUGUGUUUGAUGUUUACUUUGCUUUGCCAGAAGCCUGUUAAUAAGAAAAACCUUGCUCUAAAUAUUAAGACAUGCAUUUCAAUUUGAUUUUGUUGGCCAUUUCUCUAAUUAGCACAGAUGGCUUCUUCUGCUUGAGAGUGAACAGUUUUAUAUGUGACCAUAUUUCCUAUUUUAUUAUUUUAAUUUUAUAACUGUGGAACUUCAAGGGCUGAGGCUACACUCCUUCAUUUGAAUGGGAGUUUUGCAUCAUAAAGUCAUGCAGAAUCAGUCUCUUAGGCCCUUAUCCUGCAAAAACAC